AUGGAACUAGUCCGGUAUGGGUCAGCUGACAUCCCAGCUGCGACGACGUCCACCCACGAGCUUGGUGUUCUGGCAUCUGUCCUCGGGCGGCUCCUCCAGGCAGCGGCGAAAGUCGUCGGCCGCCCUGUGCGAAAGAAGACCCGCAGCGCGCCGUGGUGGACCGAGGAAUGCUGGGUCGCCGCAGUUGAGUAUCGCGCAACCAGGAGAGCCUACCCUCUGGAGUUCAAUCGACAGGUUCAGUUUGCCAAGAAGGAGUUUCAGAAGGUGCCUUUCAACCACCACCACUCGAGGUCGAUGGCGAAGUGUACGAAACGUAGCUCGAUAAAGCGAAUACCCUCCGACAAGCCAUACUAG